GCAAAUGUCACGUGACCGGCGCUUUUCCCUCAGCGCUUACUUGUUUAGUGAUUGUCAAAUGUUUGUUACUGGAGACAUUUAAAAAUUAAAAUGAUUGAAUACCACUCUGUUACUUGCGUUACACAUUUACUAUAUGUUUUAAUCCCGCCUCGAGACCAGUGAAUGGGAUUUGAUGGAGAUUUUGCUUUCUGUCGUCGAGCGCCAUCUGCCGGAGUGAAAGUUCGCUUCAUUACAAACACCUGACAGCACUUAGAGAAGGACUGAACACCAACAUGGCGAAAUUCCUCAGUCAAGAUCAAAUCAACGAGUAUAAAGAGUGUUUUUCGCUGUAUGACCAGAAGCGCAAGGGUAAACUGAAGGUGCAAGAUCUGCUGACGGUCAUGAGCUCUCUUGGUUGCUGUCCGACCCUGCCGGAGCUCCACAGACACUUGCUCUCCCAUAAAAUCGAUAAGCACGGAGAGUUGGAUUUCUCCACGUUUCUCAGCAUCAUGCAUGAGCAGAUCCAGCAGGAGAACCCGCGGGCCGAGAUCCUGCAGGCCGUGAGGCUGACGGACACUGAGAAACGAGGAUUUAUCACUGCGGCAGAGCUCAGAGCCAGACUGACUCACUUUGGAGAAAAACUAAGAGAUCAAGAAGUUGACGAGCUGCUGAGUGAAGCUGGUGUGGCAAAUGACGGACAAAUUAAAUACGAGGACUGCGAAAGGAUAGUGACUCUACUGACCAGGCGCAGAGAUGAACCUUUAAUUCCCCGGCAAGACAGCAGCGCGGUCUGAGUGGGUCAGGUCGUCCUCUGGAGGAUCAGAUUUCCAGACGAGGUCAAAUCAUUCACAGCAUCAGGAGCGUCUCAUUAUGACUGAAACACAUCUCCUCCUAUCCCAUAAGCCCCUGCUGGGUUUUUUCAGUGAGUGCGCAGAAGCUACUCAUUUCCUUUCGCAGAUUAGCUGUGUGUGAUUUACAUCUUUUCCCACUCUGAGAUCUGUCAUUUUGAAGCAGGAAGUAAACGUUGCUUUCCUGUUCAGAUUGCUGCUGUGUUUAUUGUGUUCCCAUUGAGUAAUGAGUGUGUUUCUCUGCCUGAAUUCAGUUGUGUGUGAAAUAUUGUUGUCAAGCAUAACUAGUUCUCAUACUGCUCAUAAUUUACCUUGUAAAGGAUUUAAACAUUUAAUAUGUCAAAGA